AUGGAAUUCCUCGUCGUGGUGUCGGCCAUCUUUGGCUGGGUGUAUUUCCUGCUAUGGAGCCUGUCAUUCUACCCCCAGGCCCUGCUCAACUGGCGACGACAAUCUACGUCUGGGACUACGGUUGAUUUUCCUCUUCUCAACAUUUUGGGCUUCACGGCAUACUACGCCUCCAACCAGGCCUUCCUGAGCUCGACAACCGUCCGGGACCAGUACGCGUCGCGACACUCCGGUCUGGAGCCCACGGUCCGCCUGAACGACGUGUGCUUCGCUCUUCACGGACUGAUCCUCAGCAUCGUCACGACGUCUCAGUACCUCCUCCCCAGGACGCUGUGGGGAUUCGAGCCCAGCGUCGGGUCCCGGCCGAGCAAGGUGGCCCUGGGCGUGUACGCGGGCAGCCUGGUCGGGGUGGCCGUCACGCUCCUGCUCGCCGCCGGGUCCGGGUCCGGCGCGGCCGACGACGACGACGGCGACGACGGCUGGCGCGCCCUCGACGUCGUCUACGCGGUGGGCUACGUCAAGGUGGUGGUCACCCUGGUCAAGUACACGCCCCAGGCGCUGCAGAACUGGCGCAACCGGAGCACCGUCGGCUGGAGCAUCGCGCAGAUCCUGCUCGACCUGGGCGGUGGGGUCCUCAGCCUCGCGCAGCUGGCCAUAGACAGCUACCUCGAGCGGGACUGGAGCGGCGUCACCGGUAACCCGGUCAAGUUUGCCCUGGGGAAUGCCAGCCUGCUGUACGACGGUAUCUUUGUCGUGCAGCACUACAUCUUGUAUAGGCAUGCUCGGGAGGAUAAGGGUGGUGGAGAAGAAGAAGAAGCAGAUGAAGGUGCCGAGGUGGACGAGGAGAGGAGAGCUCUCUUGUAG